GAGCGAGAGCAGAAACCGGCAAAGCAAGAUUAUCUGUCUUUGUUCAGGAGCACUAGGCUUGAUUGCUGAUCCUUUUAAAAAAUGCUUCUGUGGUUCAUCCUGGUGUUGUCCAGCCCAGUCGCUUCUACGGAUCCAGAGACUGACUUAUCUGUGGAAAUUUGCAAUGUUUGCUCCUGUGUGUCGGUGGAGAAUGUACUUUAUGUCAACUGUGAAAAGGUUGCAGUCUACAGACCAAACCAGUUGAAGCCACCUUGGUCCAAUUUCUAUCACCUCAAUUUUCAGAACAACCUCCUCCUCAUCCUUUAUCCAAAUACUUUUCUUAACUUUACUCAUGCUGUAUCCCUGCAGUUGGGUAACAAUAAAUUACAGAACAUUGAGGGAGGAGCUUUCUUGGGUCUCAGUGCAUUAAAACAGUUGCACUUGAACAACAAUGAAUUAAAGAUCCUCCGAGCUGACACCUUCCUUGGCAUCGAGAACUUGGAGUAUCUCCAAGCUGACUACAAUUUAAUUAAAUAUAUUGAACGGGGAGCUUUCAAUAAGCUUCACAAGCUGAAAGUCCUCAUCCUUAACGACAAUCUGAUUUCCUUCCUCCCUGAUAAUAUUUUCCGUUUCGCUUCUUUAACCCACCUGGAUAUACGUGGAAACAGAAUACAGAAGCUGCCCUAUAUUGGGGUUCUGGAGCACAUUGGCCGCAUUGUUGAGCUGCAGCUGGAAGACAACCCAUGGAAUUGUACUUGUGAUCUGUUGCCCUUGAAGGCAUGGCUAGAGAACAUGCCUUAUAAUAUCUACAUUGGGGAAGCCAUCUGCGAGACUCCCAGUGAUUUGUAUGGGAGGCUAUUGAAAGAAACCAACAAGCAAGAGCUGUGUUCGAUGGGGACAGGGAGUGAUUUUGAUGUGCGCAUCCUGCCUCCUUCGCAGCUGGAACCUGGCUACAGCACACCUAAUGGCCAUGUGACACAAACAUCAAUGCACAGGCUGGUCACCAAGCCACCCAAAACAACAAACCCUUCCAAGAUCUCGGGGAUAGUGGCAGGCAAAUCAUUCUCAAACCGCAAUCUCAGUCAAAUAGUCAAUUUUCAGACCAGAGUGCCACCGCUGACACCUUGCCCACACCCCUGCAUUUGCAAAACACAUCCUUCAGAUUUGGGAUUAAGUGUCAACUGCCAAGAAAAAAAUAUUCAGUCGUUGGCCGAACUGGUGCCCAAGCCGUUGAAUGCCAAGAAACUGCACGUCAAUGGCAAUUAUAUUAAGGAUGUGGAUACUUCUGAUUUUGCUGAGUUUGAAGGGCUGGAUUUACUCCAUCUGGGCAGCAAUAGGAUUGUAGCCAUUAAAGGGGAGGUUUUCCGCAACCUUACAAAUUUACGGAGAUUGUAUCUAAAUGGCAAUCAGAUUGAGCGGCUGAGUCCUGAAAUGUUUGCUGGCCUCCACAAUCUCCAAUACCUGUAUUUGGAAUACAAUGUCAUCAAGGAAAUUUUAGCGGGCACUUUUGACCUCAUGCCAAACCUGCAGUUGCUCUACUUGAACAACAACUUGCUGCGGAGUCUGCCAGCCUAUAUUUUUUCUGGAGCUCCUCUGGCUCGGCUGAACCUGAGAAACAACCAUUUUAUGUACCUGCCUGUAAGUGGUGUGCUUGACCAUCUGAAAUCCCUGACGCAGAUUGAUUUAGAAGGGAAUCCAUGGGACUGCACUUGUGAUUUGGUUGCUUUGAAACUGUGGCUGGAAAAGCUCAACGAAGGCAUCGUGGUGAAGGAACUGAAAUGUGAGACACCCGUGCAGUUUGCAAACAUUGAGCUGAAGUCCCUCAAAAAUGAGAUCCUGUGCCCCAAACUUUUAAAGUCAGCUUUUUUCACAAGUCCUGCACCUGCUGUCACAUUCACGACUCCAUUGGGCCCCAUUCGGAGUCCUCCAGGGGGUCCUGUUCCAUUAUCUAUCCUCAUCUUAAGCAUCUUGGUAGUGCUCAUUUUGACUGUCUUUGUGGCUUUCUGUCUUCUUGUCUUUGUUCUCCGUCGCAACAAGAAACCAUCCGUCAAGCACGAAGGGCUAGGACAUCCAGAAUGCAGCUCAAUGCAACUGCAGCUUCGGAAACACGACCUCAUGUCAAACAAAAAGGACACUCUGGGGGCAGAGGCCUUCAUCCCCCAAACCAUUGAGCAGAUGAGCAAAAGCCAUGCCUGUGGGUUAAAGGAAACAGAAAUGGGUUUCAUGUUUGCAGAGCCACAGGGGCAGAAGGUCAUCCUGCGAAACAACAGCGAGAAGGAUAAAGAUUUAUUGUACAUGGAUAGCAGGAAAAGACUUAGCACAAUUGAUGAACUCGAUGAAUUAUUCCCAGGACGGGAUUCUAAUGUAUUUAUUCAGAAUUUUCUCGAAAGUAAAAAGGAAUACAACAGUAUAGGGGUCAGUGGCUUUGAAAUACGGUAUCCGGAGAAACAGCAAGACAGAAAAAACAAGAAAUCUUUAAUAGGGGGGAAUCAUAGUAAAAUUGUAGUCGAGCAAAGAAAGAGUGAAUAUUUUGAACUGAAAGCGAAACUUCAAGGCUCACCAGACUACUUACAAGUCCUUGAAGAACAAACAGCUUUGAAUAAAAUCUAG